CUUGACGCCGUCACACCCGGGCUCCGUCCUCCACCAGGUCCCGGAGGGGCUGGGAGGCGGCCGCGGACCUGUGACCUAGUUCAGUCCGCCGGUUCCCCGCUCUUCCCCGGCCUGGCAUGCCUGGCUGUGCCUUCCUGACCUACUGUGCCAGGGACUCUGCCAUCAAAGCUCAGACUGCCCUGCACGAGCAGAAGACCUUGCCCGGGAUGGCGCGGCCAAUCCAGGUGAAGCCUGCUGAUAGCGAGAGCCGCGGAGGUAGGGACCGGAAGCUGUUUGUGGGGAUGCUGAACAAGCAGCAGUCCGAGGAGGAUGUGCUGCGGCUGUUCCAGCCCUUUGGGGUCAUCGACGAAUGCACUGUGCUCAGGGGGCCUGAUGGCAGCAGCAAAGGCUGUGCCUUCGUCAAGUUCUCCUCCCACACGGAGGCGCAGGCGGCCAUCCACGCCCUACACGGCAGCCAGACCAUGCCGGGAGCCUCUUCCAGCCUGGUGGUCAAGUUCGCAGACACGGACAAGGAGCGCACGCUGCGGCGCAUGCAGCAGAUGGUGGGCCAGCUGGGCUUCCUGACGCCGCCGCUCGCCCUGCCCCUGAGCCCCUACAGCGCCUACGCCCAGGCCCUCAUGCAGCAGCAGACGACAGUCCUGUCCACCUCGGGCAGCUACCUGAGCCCCGGCGUGGCCUUCUCUCCCUGCCACAUCCAGCAAAUUGGCGCAGUCAGCCUUAACGGGCUGCCUGCCACCCCCAUCGCUCCUGCCUCUGGGCUGCACUCGCCCCCGCUGCUCGGCACCGCCGCUGUGCCUGGCCUCGUGGCACCCAUCACCAACGGCUUCGCUGGCGUUGUGCCCUUCCCAGGCGGGCACCCUGCCCUGGAGACCGUGUAUGCCAAUGGCCUGGUGCCCUACCCAGCUCAGAGCCCCACCGUGGCCGAGACGCUGCAUCCUGCCUUCUCCGGAGUCCAGCAGUACACAGCCAUGUACCCCGCCGCGGCCAUCGCGCCCAUCGCGCACAGCGUCGCCCAGCCGCCGCCCCUCCUGCAGCAGCAACAGCGAGAAGGUCCCGAAGGCUGUAACCUGUUUAUCUACCACCUCCCCCAGGAGUUUGGCGACACGGAGCUGACCCAGAUGUUCCUGCCCUUCGGCAAUAUCAUCUCCUCCAAGGUCUUUAUGGAUCGGGCUACCAACCAGAGCAAGUGCUUCGGAUUCGUGAGCUUUGACAACCCUGCCAGCGCGCAGACCGCCAUCCAGGCCAUGAACGGCUUCCAGAUUGGCAUGAAGAGGCUUAAAGUACAGCUAAAGCGGCCCAAAGACCUGGGACACCCCUACUGACCGCGCCACAGCGGCCCUGAGGCUGCGGGCCUGGCCCAGGUGAGCCGCCAGGCGGCCCCACGCCCCGCUCAGCCCUGGUCUUGUCCAAACCCCACCCCUACCCCUCGCUUAUUUUCCAAACCUCCCUGGGUUUGGUUGGGUUGGCAGGGACAGAGCUGGACGAAGACCCCCCCAAUAACUGUGGCCAGGGCUGGAAAGGAGGCCGGGGUGGGGGUGGGGAGGUGGGGGAGAAACUGGGGUUCCUCACUGAGGGUGGCUAGGCAAAUCCUUCCUGGAGAAGGUUUUGAGGGAUGAAUAGGAGUUCAUGGGAAAAGGCAGGUUUGGCUUGGGGUGGAGGGUACAUUGGGGAGGGGCUUCUUCUGUCCUGUGACUCUGUUGCCCCCCUCUGAAAAGCCCCUAAACCAGAGGAGGGGAAAUGUUAAAUGUGCACCCCAGACCCUACCCCUAAGGUUGGACCCGAAAAUGCCCAGCUCACCUUAGAACCCAGGCUGGAGCCUAGGAGAGGGGGACAGGCCCUGGAUGGCCUUCCUGUCCCCCUCUUCUCCCCUCACUGGUCCCACCUUCCUCUAGGAUAAUCCCUCCCCAUUGGGUUGACCCUGUUAACAAUCAUGCAAAAAAAACCCCACACGAACACGCAGAACCUACAAGUUUAUUUUGCCAUCAGAACAAAGAACUUUAUCAUGUUCCUUUGGGGAGCAAGCAGUAACCCUAAGAAGCCACCGUGGAAUGGUAACCCUGACUCCCAGUCCCAGGGCACCGCCUGUAAAAUGGGCUCAUGGGGGGCUUGCGGGACAGCUCCUGGCUGAGCCCAGAAUCUGCCACUGAAAGGACGCUGGAUUAUUCUUUUUUCCUUUCUGUAAUUUUUAAAAAUCACCAUUGUUGUCAUAUGAAAGGCCUCACGGGGCCGGCACGCAGUAGGUGUGCGGUUAGAGUCCCUUGGCGCUCUGCCCUUGGAGCCAUGUGGGAGGCGCUUGGAGGGUCGCAGACGUGAUGGGGGCCGCGCCUGGCGGAGGCUGCCUCCCGGAAGUUCUAACUCCUGAGCUCCUACUGUGUGCCGGGCGCCGUCCCCAGCACUCGGGGACUCUACUUUGAACAAACGAAAAAACAUGGGGAAACGGAAGGGGCCGAGAUGACCUCCCUGGAGCUCCAGUGACAAGGCCUAGGGACCAAGAGAGGCGAAAGCUUCGGUCGCGAAGUCCUUUCAAAGCUAGGGGUGGGGCGGCCUUGGAACGCCAAGAUUUUGCUUUUAUGGAAAACAUAAGAAGCCCUUGGGUCCUCAGAGCCCGGCCUGGCCUGGGGCACUGAGGUUGGGGCGGGAGGGUGGCGUCUUCUUCUGUGACCCCCUAACGCUUGUCCCUUCUGCCCAGGCGAGGGGCUCCCUCCCAGGAAGGUUGUCCCGCUUCCAACCUGCCCAAGACGGUCCCCUAAGUUACAACUGUGUUCCGACACCAGCCUGCCCCUCCCCCUUGUCCGCUCAUCCCCCAUUCACCCCAAAAAUGUGAAGCACUCAGAACCAAGUGGGGAGCUCCCUGGUCUGUCUGGGUAGGGGGACAAGGUCUCCUGUGCCGGGUGGGCCGAAGAAUUCACACACUGCCACGCCCGCCUUCCACUUGGGGACGUUUCCUCCCCGCCCCUCCCACCCUGCCUUGGUGGCUCCUCCUCCACGAGAUCACGACCUCCCCUAUAUAUAUAUAUAUAUGCGUAUAUAUAUAGAGCUAGAGACAGUAUAUAUAUUUUUUUGAGUAUAGAUCAUGGGGCCAAACUUUUCUGACUUCCUGACAUCCGAGAGUGAUGACCCUGAGCCGGUCACUUGGAGGGGAUGAGGCUGGCUGGGCGCCCGGUGCCCGCUUUGACCCUGGCGGGGACAUCAGGCCAGGACGCGCCCACCGUUACCUCCGGGGACGCGGGGCCGAGCGAGGACUCUGCGGCCCGGCCGGCGGGGGCGGCCCGGCCUCACUGGCCCGGCCCGGCCCCAGGGCCCUGCCUUCUCCAUGCGGGCACAGAGGCCCCCCAGCGCCUCCCAGCCCUGCGCCCCCAGCCCUCUGUCAUAGCCUUAUUCGAGUGACCAAUAGCCCUUAGCUUUCCGUUGGGGGGACGGCGGGGCGGGGCGUCACCCCCGGCCCUCACUGUCCCUCCCUAGGGCAGGCAGCCAUCGUCCCUGCCGUCGAAUCACCAGCCUCCAAUUUAAGGUCUUGUAACCAAGAUCGCCAAACAUUUUGGACCAGGACUACCCGACCCCUUUGCGGGGAGAUGGGCGGGAAGGGACCUUCUUACCUCUGCAGAGAUUUUUCUUGUUUUGUUUUGGGUCUUUCUGAGCAGGUACAAAGAAGAAAAGAAGAAGAAGAAGAA